UCUACACACACCUUUGCCCUAAAAUUCUGAAAAUGUUGUAUUGUUCUAUUUAGUUUUGUCACGAUACCAACAUUUCCCAACUUUAAAAACAUUAGGCACCAAACAGAAUUUAAGGAGCACCAGAAAGAUAGAUUUUUUAUACAGUUUAGGCUUACAUUAGGCCUACAUGAAUCCUACCUUUUGAAGCACAUCUCAUGAUUAGCAGAGCCCUUUAUUUUUUUCCUGGGCCAAUCAGAUGUGCCUUGACCUACUGUCAAGUUACCAGAUUGUUAGCUAACUAGGUAACAUGACUGAACAACGUUGUUUGUUAUACAACCAAUAACUACUGACCCAGGAUCAGUUUAAAACAGAUCGCGACAUGGUUUUAUGAGACGUUAUAAAAUGUGCAUGAAAUCGAGCAGAAAAAGAAAAAAAAUGUAGCUCUGCUAAUAUGGGUAAUAUUUUAUCAAACUUUUUAGCUGUAAAGCUGUCGGUAUGCCUGUCUGUAUGCCUGUCACGAAACUGCUCAAUUUUUCCUCUGUCACACAGAGGCUGCGUGACCGCGAACUUGUAAUUGCAAAGCCUACUCACACUGGUCUGUGCUCUUGGUUAUACCAUGCAAUGAAAUUAUACAAUGUAUCAACUUUGCUCACUCUGCUUGCUGCUCCAAUGUAGAAAAUGCAACAACGGAAGACUCAUCAGGAUCUGCAUCCCCGCUUUCACCAUCAAGGCAAAAUUCUAUUUAAAACAUUGAUGGAGGAAUAGAUAUGCAGGAAGAGUGGGCAGAGAGAAGCAGUGAGCUGAAGGACGAGGUCACCCAGGCACGAACACAAGCCGCUGAGCUCCAGGGACGUCUGGAGGAGGGUGCCCAGCAGUCCUCGCGGCUGGAGAUGGAGCUGGGCGAGUGGGCCUUGGCAGCCAGGGAGCUGGCCUCUCCACAGGGAGACAGAGCACAGUGCCAGGAACACAGGCUGGCCCGGUGCCGGAGAGAGAACAGCAGAGCAAGGUUGAAUGAGCUAGUCUGGAGAACAUCCUGGCCCUGCUGAGUCUGAGAGCUGGAGACAGCGCUGUCCUGUAGAGAUGGAGGCCAAGGAUCAGUACCAGAGACAGCUGGACAUCAAGAGCCACGAGGCGUGUGUGCUUUGCGGUGCUACAUGUGUCUGCGUUGGAGCUGGAGUGGGCUUGUCUCUGGAUGAGGAGCUGACAAGGAGGUGCAGGAGAAGAGGCCGCCCAGCUGCACAGCUCUCUGGCUGCUCAGCUCCCCGGCUGCUCAGCUCCCCGGCUGCACAGCUCCCCGGCUGCACAGCUCCCCGGCUGCACAGCUCCCCGGCUGCACAGCUCCCCGGCUGCACAGCUCCCCGGCUGCACAGCGUUCUGGCUCUGUCAGUCUGCUGUCGUCUGAGAUAAAUACGUGUCGCGGGGAGCUGUCAUCCAUGGAGCAGGAGCUGCAGAGGCUGCGGAGAGACACCAUUAUGAAUUCCUCCCAGCUCAGCUACGUGGAGGAGACCCUGCAGAAGACCCAGGGCCUACUGGAGGAGAAGAACGACGCUGUUGUGGACUUGGAGGAGAAGCUCCAAUGCUGUGAGGAGGACAGGCGGAACUCUGUGCAGCGUGGGAAGGAUCUGGAGGGACAGCUACAGGAGGUGCGAGAUGAGAUGCAUGACACCCUAGAGAAACUACAGGAACUGAGAGACCUGUUACAGCGCAUGCAGCUCGGCGCAGAUGAACGACACAUUUCAUUGGAGAAACUCUCCGCCGAGCUCAGCCAGAGGGAGUUGAAAGAGAGGAACCAUGAGGUGUUGGACAUAGACACAGCACUGAAGGAGAGACAGGAGGAGCUCCAACAGGGAGGACAGCUGGUACACACACAAAUACAAAACUGAGGCAACAUUAAUUGCGUGGUGCGUUAUAGUGUAUUUAAUUUGAAUGGCCAAAGUCUUAAUGGAUGGAAUAAUAAGAAAUAAGGCCUCUCUGUGUGUCUCCCUCUUCCUCAGCUGGGCCAGCUGGACGUGGUCAUCACAGACCAUAACCUGGAGAUAGACAAAAAGGGUCAGUCCCUACAGCAGACUGGACCAGAGAAUGAGGUUAAAGACUGAGACAGACAUCAUAAAGGCCACAUUACACUCAUUUGGAGUUGUUGUUGGCCCUGGAAACCAUCUUCUUGUCACACAUACUCUCCAUUCUGGUAUAGUGAUAAAUGUGAAGGGAUGUUGACUAUCACCUCAUGUUUUGUUUCUACAGGUGGAGUUUUUGAGUGACAGGUUAGACCUGCUAAAAGCACAACAACAAGGGAAGGAGAUGAGUUCUGGUAUUAUUAUACUGUUGGAUGCAGGGAGAGAUGAGUUCUGGUAUUAUUAUACUGAUGGAUGCAGGGAGAGAUGAGUUCUGGUAUUAUUAUACUGAUAGAUGCAGGGAGAGAUGAGUUCUGGUAUUAUUAUACUGAUGGAUGCAGGGAGAGAUGAGUUCUGGUAUUAUUAUACUGAUGGAUGGAGGGAGAGAUGAGUUCUGGUAUUAUUAUACUGAUGGAUGGAGGGAGAGAUGAGUUCUGGUAUUAUUAUACUGAUGGAUGGAGGGAGAGAUGAGUUCUGGUAUUAUUAUACUGAUGGAUGCAGGGAGAGAUGAGUUCUGGUAUUAUUAUACUGAUGGAUGCAGGGAGAGAUGAGUUCUGGUAUUAUUAUACUGAUGGAUGCAGGGAGAGAUGAGUUCUGGUAUUAUUAUACUGAUGGAUGCAGGGAGAGAUGAGUUCUGGUAUUAUUAUACUGACGGAUGCAGGGAGAGAUGAGUUCUGGUAUUAUUAUACUGAUGGAUGCAGGGAGAGAUGAGUUCUGGUAUUAUUAUACUGAUGGAUGCAGGGAGAGAUGAGUUCUGGUAUUAUUAUACUGAUGGAUGCAGGGAGAGAUGAGUUCUGGUAUUAUACUGAUGGAUGCAGGGAGAGAUGAGUUCUGGUAUUAUUAUACUGAUGGAUGCAGGGAGAGAUGAGUUCUGGUAUUAUUAUACUGAUGGAUGCAGGGAGAGAUGAGUUCUGGUAUUAUUAUACUGAUGGAUGCAGGGAGAGAUGGAUGGUUGCAAGGUGGGUUGCGUACCUGAAGUAUUGUUCUGACAAAACACCACCAGUAACAUCAUAACAUCAUUUAAUGGUGUUCAGUCUUCAGUUACCUUUCAGAACCAUCUGAAACCAUAAACUGGUCCCAGAUCAGCUUCAGAUAUCUGAUUGACCUAGGCACCCUCUAACUGACCUUUGACCUAUUGCUCCAGGACUCUGCAGCAGAGCCAGCACCUGUGUGUCGGGAGAGAACAACAGAAGAACUCCAGAGGACGACUGGGGAGCUGCAGGAUACACUCGCUGUG